UCGAAGCUGGCUUCACUGUCAAUUCGAGAGCAAAGCGAAAAGUACGCUCGCGUCUGCAACAUACGUGGUGUGUUUACAGUGGAUUUUGUGAUCGUUUUCGAAUGCAGUGAUGUGAAAAUUUGUGUUGUUUUUGAAAAGUGCUAAUACUUGUGAAGCAGACAUUGUUUGUGAUGUGUUUUAGAGUGUUAAACCAAAAUGUGUAAACCGACGAUUUCUGCAAAAUUGUUUUUUGCCACGUAGUGACGCGAGCGGGUAAAUGAUUCCUAAUGUGGAGCUCGGAGCAAGAUGGUUAGAGAGACUCGGCAUCUGUGGGUUGGAAACUUACCCGAUAACAUUCGCGAGGAUCGAAUAAGGGAGCACUUCAAACGCUAUGGCCGAGUCCAGAAUGUUAAGUUGCUGGGUCGAGCGGAGGGCCCGGGAGCGGUUACGCCGGGCGCGGGCGCCAGCGGCGUGUGCGCCACGGUCGCCUUCAUGGACAUCAAGUCGGCGGCCAAGGCGCACACGGGCGAGCACGUGCUGGACGAACGCACGCUCACCACGGAGUACUACGAGCCCACGGCCAUCCCGUCGGCGGCGGGCGCGCCCUCGGCCGGCUCCUCGCCCGCCGGCUCCGGCUACUCGGGCUCCUCGUCCUCCGUGAACUCGGCGCCCGCGCCCACGCCACCAGCGCGGUACCACCUCUCUGGUGGCGAGGAGAGCUCGAGUGCGCCGUGCCCCGCGACCACGGCGGCGGCGCCGGCGCAGUGGCGCGGCACCAACGACAGCGCCACGGAGUUCUGCCGCCGCGGGAACACGCCCGCCGCCUACGGCCGCUACCAGCGCAACAACUCGGCCCCCUACUCGACGCCGCCGUCAAAUGUCGAUAGGACACCUCACCACCGGUGGUACGCGGGGUCGGGCGGCGGCGGCGAGAGCACGCCCAGCACGCCGGGCGCGGCGGAGGCGGCGGGCGGGCGGCGGCGGCGGCGCUCCGGCUCGGGCUCCUCGCGCUCCGACACCAGCUCGCCCGAGCCCAGCGACGACUCGCGCGCCUCCACGCCGCCGCAGCCCGCCACGCCCACCGCCAACCACCGCGCCGGCAACCACACACAGUGGGCGUCUACCGCGAGCGGGCGACCUCUGGCCAUCUGCGUGCGCAACCUGCCGACGCGGUCGACGGACAGCUCGCUCAAAGAUGGCCUCUACCACGAGUACAAGAAGCACGGGAAAGUGGUGUGGGUGAAGGUGGUCGGUCAGAACGCUGAUCGGUACGCCAUAGUCCGAUUCAAGAAGCCGUCCGAUGUAGAGAAGGCACUAGAAGUGUCGCAAGAUAAACUUUUUUUUGGAUGCAAGAUCUCAGUAGCACCUCACCAAAGUUGCGAAGAAGAUGCCGAGUCAGCUAAACCUUAUGAGACUGAUAUAGAUGAAUACCAUCCGAAGGCGACUCGGACGUUAUUCAUCGGUAACCUGGAGAAGGACGUGACGCAGCAGCAGCUGCGGGACAAGUUCAAGCACUACGGGCGCAUCAUCGAGAUCGACAUCAAGAAGGGCAGCGGCGGCGGCGCGGGCUACGCCUUCUGCCAGUACGCGAGCAUCUCGAGCGUGGUGGAGGCGAUCCGCGCCAUGGACGGCGAGCACGUGGGCGCGUCGCGCGUCAAGCUCGGCUUCGGCAAGCCCGUCGCUACCACCUGCGUCUUCGUCGACCACCUCACCGAGCACACCGAGAAACAGGUGCUGGGCGCGAUCUCGCGGUGCGGCGCGGCGACGUCGGUGUGCGUGGACCGCGCGGCGGGCGCCGCCCUCGUGCACUUCGAGCAGGCGGCGGCGGCGUCGGCGGCCGUGCGCGAGCUGCGGCGCGUGGCGGCCCACGCCAGCGCCGCCGCCACCUCGCCCGACGAGCAGCGCCUCUGCGUCGACUACGCCAGCCGGGAGUGCCAGGAGCAGUUCUACGAGCAGCUGGAGAAGCACGGCGGCAACGCGCCGCUGGCCGGCUCGGAGCGCAUCACCGGCGCCACCGGGGACCUCUCCUCGCGGUUCCUGCCCCCCUCCAGAUACGAGGGGUGCCGGUCGCGAGCGUCCAGCUACAGCCGCAGCACGCCGCGCACGCCGCGCUACUCCGCGCUCGAGCACUACGACCCCGCCGACUACGCCGCCGACCGACGAUACAGGGUAUAUGAAGAAUUAGGGUCGAGUCCUCCGCCGGAAGAUGCUCCUUAUGAGGACAGAUUACAAUCCGUCGUGGUAUCGCCACAUCGGUCACGACGACAUCGCCGCGACUCCAGUCCAGAUGAUCAUAAACACUCAAAGGAGUGGCAUCGCAGCGUUGUCGGCGGCGUUGUAAGCGUGGCGGCGCGGCCGCGGCACCGCUCCCGCUCCGGCUCGCGGCGCAGGCACCGGCGGCGGCGCGACGAGUCCGCCUCGCGCGGCGACACGCCCCUGCGCGACGAGCCGCCCGAGGCGCCGCCCGCCGAGCCGCGCCGCCCGCCCGUGCCGCGCGACCGCUCGCUGCUGCCCAUGUCCCUGCCGCUGCCCAAGUUCGCCGUGCUGCUGCGCUCCCAGGGCACCGCCGUGCCGCCGCCCCCGCCCGCGCAGCCGCCCGCCCCCGCGUCGCCCGCGCGCGCCCCCGACCGGCCCUCGCGCCCGCCCUCCGCCUCCUCCUCCAGCGCCGGCUCCGCGCCGCACUCGCCCUCGCUCUCGCUGGAGGAGCGCAUUCGCUCGCUCGACGAGAAAUACGAGCGCUGGAGCCGUCUGGAGGCGCCGGCGCCGCCGCCCGACCGCACGCGCCUGCGCCACCGCCUGCUGGAGGUGGACAUCCACGAGGUGAAGCCCUCGGAGGUGGUGCGCUCGCUGCUCGCCAAGCGCUCCGUGUUCGACGAGGACUCGGAGCGGCUGGAGGGGGCGGCACGCGCGCCCAGCCCCGCCGCCGACGCGCGGCCCGUGCGCGCGCUGCAGUACCCCUUCCCCGCGCACCCGCCGCCGCCGCCCCCGCCGCCGCCGCCGCCUCCGCCGCCGCUUAACGGACUCGUCUCCCAUCACGAACUGUUUAAAAGUGAUCGGAAAAGUGUUGAAAGUGUGAACGUACCUAAACCUGUAGAGUCUGACGACCGGCUAACGAGGACGCCUUGUAGGUCGGAUGUUAUGGACAAACCGUCCGACCCGAGACUGAACAGGGUGGCAUCCACGGAUAGACUUACUCAAUUAAGUGACAACAGUGAUUACAAGCCGGAGUCGCGAAUUCGUCUCAGGACACCGUCCACGGACAAGUUACCCCUCGAACCUACUGAGAAGAAACUGUCCCCCAAAGCUGAAAAAGACCAUAUAGGCCAUGACCGAGACCCACCUAUCGAAGUCGAGAGAGUUAGAAGAAGAAGACUAUCGGUAUAUUCGGACAAAGACAAUGAAAAAGUGGUAGAAACGUUGAGGCCCGACAAAGAAAAAUCGGACAGCAGCUUUGAUAGUAUAGACUUCAAUAAAAAACCAGACACUUUCCCUGAAGUCACGGUCAAAUUAGAACGUUCAGAUUCCUUUGACUGUCAUAGCAUCAGAUCACUUACUGCUACUGUAAAUAAUGAAGCUACUAAAGAUGACGAUAGUAAUGAUCUGGUUGACUCAAAAUUGAAAGAGAGUGGAUCACUGCUGAAGUUACAACCCAAUCAACUUAAGUCCAAAGAUGUAUCUGACCCAAAACCUCAUAACAGCCUACACCAGCAGAAACCUGAAAACAAAAUGCAAAUAGUAGAAAAAGCUCUAGGUGCCAAAACAGAAAAAGUUAAAGAAGAUAUUAAAAUUGAAACACCUCAAAUCAGCGACUCGACAAUAGAACAAGAAAUUGCAGAAAUAUGUAAGUUUCAUUCGUCUCAAGAUGAAACAUCCCUGCUUGAGCCGAAUGUAACGCAGAAACAAGAACCUGCAGUUCCUGACGCCGCAGCUCAAAGAGGAACAUCACAUGAGAUAGUAGAAAAUCACGUCAAAGAAAUCUUAAGUCCAGGGGAAGAUAAAAUCAAGAUGGAUAGCAUAAAAAAGAAUAAAAUUGAUACCUUUGACUUUCUUAAAACCCCUGAUAAAAAUGGCAAAGAGAGAUACAGUGCAAAUGCUUUAAUAACUGCAUUUCAGAAUAGCAAACAAGAGAAAGAAAAUAUUGAGUUGGAAAAACAAGAUAAAGAACGACCAAGAACUAGCUUCAACUUCAACCACUCAGGUUCUGACAGAAGACCUAUCACAGAUCAGGAGAAAAAUCAUGAUGACGGUAUAAAGGGUGACAAAGAUAAAACUCGGCAUAACAAGGAGAGAAGUGAUAAAGACAAGCAUGACCAUGAAAAGGAAAGAAGUAGAUCCAACAAACACGAUAAAGACAAAAAAAGGGAAGAGGUCACGGAGAAGUCCGAUAAAGACAAAAAACAAAAAGAAGAUACUGUUAUGGAAAAUUCUAACCCAGUGAAACCUAGACAAGAUAAAGAAAAGCAAGAUAAAGAUCACAGCAAAUCAGAACGAGAAACUGAAAAAUCUCAUCGAGAUAAAACUGACCGCGAUACCGAAAAAUCGAGACAUAAUGACGAUAAAAGCUCUAGACAUGACCAUCAUAGAAAAGACAAACAUGAAAAGCGAAAGGAUUCAAUAGAUAGUAAUGAAAGUAAAGUGAAAAAAGAUGACAAACAUAAACACGAUCGUCAUAGGAAAGAUCAUAGCGAGUCCAAACGAGAUUCUAAAAAAGAAUCUGAAUCUAAGUCAAGAAAAUCAUCAAGAGACGAAUCGACCAGGGAUUUAUGUCGCAAGGACUCUACCGACUCAUCAACAUCUAGAGCUUCGUAUGAUUCAGCUAAAUUAAAAGAAGCAGAAAAUAAUGAAAUUAAAGAAGAGUCCAAAAGUAAAAGCAAACAAACUGAUUGUUCAAAACCAAAAUCUGAUAAGGAGCUGUCUCCCAAAUCUGCUGACAGAAUAAAAAUCGAAGAAGUAAAGAUCAAGACUGAAAUAAAAGAAGAAAAGGCACAUUCGGAUCAAACAACUAAGAGAAACGAGUUUGCCUCUGAGCACCAUUCAAAAGUUAAGACUGAGGUUACUGAAAAGCAACGACACUAUUCCUUAGAUUCACCAAGUGUCGAUAGCAAAAGGAAAGAAAGGCUAAACUCAUGCUCUAGUUUGCCGCCACAUAUUGGACACAAGCGGAGAAUGUCAUCACAGGACAGCAUAGACAUAUUUAAUGAAGAAUCAAAGAAGAUAAAAAGUGAGUCAAAACUACCGGACAGAAGAGAUUCUAAAGAUUCUCGAAGCGCUGAGAGACAUAAAACGCCAAAGUUCAAUAAAGGUCAUUUUGCCAAAUUACUAGAGAGCAAAACAAAAGACGAAAAGAAAAACCAGGUAAAACCUCCGGACGAUCUUAGUGAAUUCAAAGAGGACGCUAAAGACAUCAAGCCAAGUCAAGACAGCUUAAAGUUGUCAAAAAUAAGCCCUAAAUAUGAAAUUGAAGAUAAAUUAGAGCUUUGUGACGAAAUUAAGACUGAAAGUUUGCAAAACGAUCUAGACUUCUUGGAAACUUUAAAACUAGAAGCCAGAAGUGAAGAAGAUGAGAAGCAAAAGGCUAUCAGAAGGGAGAUGAAAGAAAAGAAGCGCUUGCAACAAUUACAGCAGAUACAAGAGCUUCAGCAACAGCAUGAGAACUUACAACAAGCAGAAUAUAUUAAUAAACUUAAAGACGAGAAAAAAGGAAAAAGUGAUGAUAAGAGAAAAGAAGCUGCUAGAGAAAAGCGCAUGUCCACUGACCGCAAGAGCAGAGAUGAAAAAUGUGACAAGUCUCAAGACGGUAAGCGAAGGAGCCGUAAACACCUUAACAGCUCUGAUACCUCUGAUUCAGAUGAGCCUAAGAAGCACUCGAUAUUUGAUAUUGUGGAUGAUGGCCCUACGUAUAUUUCAAUGUAUGAUAAAGUGAAGGCGCGCUCAUGUAAGAACAUGCAAAAACAGGAAGAGGAAAAGCGACAAGAAAAAAUAAAGGCUAAAUUUAAUCAGCUGAAGCAAAGUCGAGCCAAAAGAGAGGAAAAGAAAAGAUCAAGCUGGGAUGAAGAUAGCGACUCCGAGAAUGACAGAAAGAAACCUCAAAAACAUUCUAUGGAUACUUCUUCAGAUGAAGAGCGCUCAGUCAAAAACCUUGAUCAAUUACCUGAUAUAGGAUUUGAUUGUGAGCGCAGCAAACGGACAGACUAUUUUAGUACAGAAGAAGAAUCUAGAAACAAAAUGUCUCGUAAGAACUCUAGAAGUCGCAUUAUGUCUGACACAUCAGAUGAUGAUACUUUAAAACGACUCAUGGCCAAAAGCCCUCUUUUCAGCCAUCUCAAGAGGGGAAAGAGUCUUAUGAAUAUGUAUUCAGACUCUGAAUCAAAUACGACAGAACUGCAAUCUUCCAGCUUCUUUGGUAAAUCGGAAACGAAUGAUGCGAUUCUUACCAAAGAAUGCAGUGCUGACAGGAUUAAAAAGAAUUCUCUGCUGAACUUGUUUGGUAAAAGUGACAGUGAUGAUAGCAAGGUUAAGUCGUGCUCAGGUGACAUUGCUAACGACUACAAAUCUAGCUUCAUUAAGAAAUCUAAUGACUUCUCAUCUGAAAGUGAAUCCAUGGCUUCGAACAUAUACCCUGGAGAUUUUCGUAAAAAACAUAAGAAAAAGCAGAAGAGAAACAAGUUUGGUCAUUCAGAUGAUGAUAUUAUGAAUAAAUCAGUAACUGACUCCUUCAGCUUAGAUGACGCAAAGCAGAGGCAUGAAAAAUCUCGUCGUCACAGCAAUAAGAAGGAGAAACGUCGUGAAAGGUUACGUGAUAGCAUUGACACAGAUGAAUCGCGAGACGAUAGAUCUAAACUUAAAAAGAACAAAAUGCUGCUAAAUCCUCCUCCUGCCGAGAGUACUGAACUUGGUCAAAGCAACGCUAAAAAGGAUGGGAAGAUGGAAGACAUAUUUGGACCACUUUCUGACGAGUCUGAUAGCACACCAAGUCCAAUACUGGUACAAGAUGACAAACCAGAUUUGACAUCCAAAGAAACAGAUUUAAUAAAUAACAGCCAGCUGAAUACUAAUCAUCUCAAAACAUCAACAAACACUCUUAAUACAUUACCUAACAACGAUGAUUUCAAAGCAAAAGAGAGAGAUGAAAACAAGCGUCGUAAAGAGAAGCGACGAAAAGACAAGCGCCAUUUUAUUAAAGAAGAUGAAAAUAGCUUGGAUGUGGAUGCUGUCAGUAAAGCUAUAGAAGCUCGCCUAUUUGCGGACGUGAGUGCAGAUGAGGAGCCCCGUCCAAGAAUGGAAACUCAGCUCGACUCGACUUCCAAACAUGCUCAUUCCAAUUUCUCAUACAAUGAAGAUAAUGCUUUGCUUGGUUUGAGCGAUGAUAAGAAAAACCACGAUAGAUCCAGGAGAGAAAAUAAGGAAAAGAGAAAAAAGAAAAAACGCAGCAAAGAAGAUCGUCAAAAUCGUAAAGAUCAUCACCACUUUCACCAUCAUGAUAAAGCUUCAAUUCUUAAUAUUCCGCCUAAAGUAGAUCUUUCCACGAUUUCACUGCCAGAAGGUGAACCGGAGGAAAUAAAUUUGACCGGCACUAUUACAAAGACAAAUGAAAAGCCAAAAGAGGCCACCACAUCAUCUCCAAUGGCAUCGCCUAGUUUACCGAGACUCAUGGAGAGUCCUCCGAUGAUCUCGCUAAAAAAUAACGACAAUGACACCAAAAAUAUAUCUUCAGAUAUGUCUGGAGAACUAACCAUAGUGGAGGACAUGGACAUCACCUAUGAUGAAAAGAAAGAAGUAAUUAUUGAUAAUAAUGAUAAUUCACAGUCUGACAAUACUGUCGAAUUUGUCAGUGAGGUACCCCCAUCUACACCAACAACUGAACAAAGUAAGCCUGACUCUUAUAUACCAUCAUUUGAGAAAGAUAUUGAACAAGAUGUCAGUGAGAACGCUGUUCGCAGCAUAUCCAACUUGGACAAUGGAACUGUUAAAACGCCUGAUGUGUCGGAAGCCCAAACAUCCAAACAGGAAGAGAAAGUGGAAGAAAAGCCAAGAGCAGUCAUAUCUCAGGAAGAGACUGAAGAUGCAGUAGCUGCUCUAUUGGGGGAAAGCUUUGGAGGAAAUGAUAUGGACUUUAGCUUUGAGGACAAUGAAAACUCCACAAGCCAAGAAAACACUACUACCGGAAAUGAAAAUAUACCAGAAGAAGAUGCUGAAGAAAUGAGGCGAGCUGUACAGAACCUAAAUGCCAGCGAAAUGGAGAUGAAGCCUGACACGCCCAUGUCUGAUAAUGACUUGCUGCUCAUAGACACAGAUACUGAGGAAGCGGACGAAGCGCCGCAAGACUCCGUCGAGAGAGCGCCAGUCAACAUCAUUGCCACCAACACUAGCUUGGUCCCUCGUUCUGAACCAUCAAAGAUCGAAAAUACCACAGUAGCUAGACCUAAGCCGAUUGAAUCAACAGUCGUACCACGAGUUUCCGUCAGCUCACCUCUUGCGGGUACUACUAUCAAGCUAAAUAAAGACCUUAAAUUGUCACCAAUCAAGCGGGAUACCGUUCAUCCAAGUACGUCCGCCCCUACCCCGGUCAUUACAUCAUGGACUUUGACCAACAACAAGUUGCGUGAGCCACCAUUAAUAAACAUUUCCAAAGCGCAUACUGCAGCCAAUGAAAGCAAACCAAUGAAUGUUGCAGCCAGCAUUAUACAGCUGAAGAGCCCGACAGGUCACGCUGUACAAACAAGUAGUGCAGGCACCGUCAGGCCUAUAAUUUCAACAGCCAAUAGAAUGAAUGCUCCAUAUCAAGUCAUCAAUCAAAUGAUUCGCACUCAAAUUCCGAACAUGCAGCCGCCUACCAUCAAAAUACCGGACUCUCACAUACUGUACCAGAAACAGCAGAAUAUUGUGUUGUCGCCUCGAAUGACGCUCGACCCGAGGUUGCAGAGUCCGAAAGGAAUGUCACAGGCGGAACCGAUGACAUCGCCGCGGCUCACCAAUAUGGCGAUAUUGAGCACGUCACCACAGGGCCAUAUGAACACGGUGUCGAUAUCGUCCCCGGGCAGCGUGGCGGCGCGCUCGCCAGGCCACGUGACGGUGGUGCGCAUGCAGCAGCCGCCGCUCAGCCCGCUGCACCUGCCGCCCGGCGCGCGCGCGCUGCUCUCCCCGCACCGGCCCAGCUCCGUGCUCGUGCAAGCGCAGGGCACGCCCCUGCACUUCAACCGCCUCCCCGUCGCCCCAGUACUCGCGCCCAUAUCCAAGCAACUUAACACCAACAACGUAGUACAACAGAACAAAGGCAUAGUUGUAUCUUCUCCGCUAGCGCAUCAACAGAAGAACAUUAUCACGGAUGUCAGAAAGAGUGAACUGAGGCCGGGCAUGGAACCUCAUGGUGAAAAUACCAAGAUCAUUUUGUCGCCAACGAGCUUACAACAGAGCACGAACCCGACUGUUAUGGCCCAAAACCGUUUAAUAUCAAUGCAAAAUGCUCUUCAUGUGAACAAUAUGAAUGCACUGAAGCUUUCAAACAAAAUGCUGAUUAGUAAUGUCAACGCAAUCGGUGAGAGAAAAGACAUGCCAUUCAAACCUGAAAUAAAGAAAACGGAACAACAUUACCAAAACCCUUUUGGCUCGCCGCCUGUCAUACAUGUGAAUCACUCUACGGGGCAUAUAGUUCCGGGUAGUGUAAAGCCCAUCAUGAUUCAAGAACCAACGACGAGCAGGGAACAAGGCUCGAACGUCAUUCACACAAUACACCCACAAAGACUACUCACAACUGCCCCAACCUCGAAUGUUAUUCAUUAUGAUGGCAAAAUACCAACUUCAGUGCCGAUUUCCGCAAUAAGAUCGCCCACGGUGUUGACUAAGGUGGAGAGCUCUGCGGCGGUGGUGGCCACGACGUCCACCCUCAGCAACGUGGUGACGACGCCGCUGCUACUGAAGACAGCCUCUACCGGCGCCCCGCGGCUUGCGCGACCCGAGUCUGACCAUCACACUACAGUACUACAGAACCACUUAUCAAGAGACAAACAAGAUAAACUUGACGAACACACAAGUAAACCUGUCGCUGGCUUUGAACCUGUAGAUAGGCGAAAAGAACUUCUGAUAAAACCAAUGUCGACAGAACAGCCCCCUCGCACUGAACCAAUGUCCAAAUCUGAAACUGACUUUGAGGAAUUACUAAAAGACAACACCAACGAAAUUAAGUUCACAAACGAAAAGAAACUGGAAGUUAAUGUUGGCAAAACUACCGUCUUGUCGACUGCGGCGAACGGUCAGAAAACUAUAAAUAUAUCAAAACCUGCAGAGACUAGUGUAAUGACAGAAAUACCUAAAUCUGAACCAUCAGAAACCAGUAGAAAUGAAAAAUCUGUGAUCCACGACACCGGUAAUGAGAAGCGAGCCUCAGCUGAAACACAAAAAGAUGUAGAAAAGGAAAUUAAGAAAACUGGACCUAACAACAUGUUCCACGAUAAAGAACCAUCGCCAAGUAUAUUUACUGAAGAGGCUAAACCUACUGUAUCAGAUUUUGAAAAGUUAUGCGAUAUAAACAUUUCAAAAGAUGAUGACAAACCUCUUUCUGCUCUACUAUCCGAUCAAUCUGACGAAGAUAAAAGACACAUGGAUGAAGGCGAUUCCUGGAGUGCAAAGGACGUCAACAUAGAAUCUGUCAUCAAAAAGGUGGAUUCUCUGUGCAACGAUAAUGCAGAAGAUCUUGCUAGUACCGAUACAAAAAAUACUAUGGAGGAAAGUUUGGCGAUGAGCUCCUUACCUACAUCUUUACCGGAAGCAUCAAAACCAUUAGACACAACUUCCACAGAUACUGUUGAUAACGUCGACUUUAAUGCAGCUGAAGAGUUUAGUACUGAUAAGGGUAGCUAUCCUGGCAAGCGAGGAGGCCGUAGUGUAAGAGGAAAGAAAACAAAUAAAAGUCAAGACAAAGUGCAAACGAAAGCAAUAACCAAGCCGGGUAGAGGAGGAGGAGCGAAGCGCGGGCGCGGGCGAGCCAGCGCAGACAAGAAGCUGAAGAACGCGCUGAGCGCCGCCAGCAACAUGCCCGGGGACGUGUACGACUUCCACGAGGACUCGCCCGACGAGGAGCAGCCCGGCGGCAAGGCCGAGCCGCGCCCGCGCCUCAUACUCACCAUCAAGGGCCCGCUGGCCGGCGCCGGGCCCGUGGCCGUGUCCACCAGCAUCGCCCCCGCGCCCGCCGCCGUCGUCGCCGCGCCCAUGCCACCAGAGAAACCACCAGCACCAACACCACUGCCUAAAGACGACAAAAUGGAAGACUUCAUCUCUCCAUCAGCUGCUAAUACGCGCAAAUCUAGACGACUACAAGAAAAAGACAAAGACACGACGCGAACUUCAGUGGACGAUGUUAUCGAUGACGUUGUAAAAGGUUCUGCGAUCCAAACGAGAGGAGUGAAAGAUACACCUAAACGAAGAGCCACGAGACAGGCCGGAGCUAAAGUCAGUUACCAGGAGAAGCCCGUGGAGCCUGAAGCUCGUAAAUCCCCGAGAGGAUUGAAGAGAACCCGAGACAGAAGUUUAUCGAACGCGUCGACUGACAGUAGCGAGGAGAAGCCUGUGGCUAUUGUGGCGAAGAAGGACGAAUCACCUAAAGAAGCGAAGGUACCAAAAGUAACAGUGAGCUCCCCACCAGCGUGUGCGCCUGUCGCGCCGCCCUCAUCCGCCCCCGCCCCUGCCCCCGCGCCUGCGCCCGCGCCGCCGCUGGUGCCGGUGUCCACGCCGGUGCCUGCGCCGGCGCCCACGCCGGUGCCUGUGUCGGUGCCUGCGCCCGCGCCCGCGGCCAUAGUGCCGCCGCCGCGCGUGGAGCCCGAGCCCAUCCCGCCGCCGCCCGCUCCGGUCAAACCGAACCCACCCGUCAUCAACACGAUGCCCGCGACCACGCCCACCCCCAUCAUGAAGCCGCCCAAGAAGAUGAUUUCCGAGAUCAGUGCCAAACUGGCGUCCGUGUUCGAGGCGGCCGCGUCCGCCGGGCCGAUGAGAGCGGGCCCGCCGCCGCCCGACAAGAUGGAGGUGGAGCCAGCGCUCAGCAAGGUGGCGGCCGAGGCGGACUCGUACCGCGAGGUGGCGCUGCCGAUGGAGGAGGGGCUGCCGGCGGCGGCGCUGGCCGAGGCGCGCGUGCGGCGCCCGCCCGACGCCGGCGUGCUGCCGCCCGGCGCGCUGGAGGCCGACGCGCGCGUGCAGUCCCCCGCGCUGCCGCACCGCGCCGCGCUGCGCCCCGCCGACCGCGCCACGCCCGUGCUCAUGCGUGCGGGCGAGGGAGGCGCGGCGGGCAGCGCGUACCGGCCGCUGUACGCGGGCACGGCGUCGCUGCCGCGCGGCGCGCACCACCCGCCGCCGCCGCCGCCGCCGCCGCUGCCCGCGCACCCACACCUCAAGCAUCUGCCACACCACCAUCCAGGCACUGCCGCACGGAUGAACGUCACAAGUGUACCAAACGUCAGCCCACAAGGCCAGAUUGCUUUGCCAGCGGAAUUAGUCCGAAGUCCGCCGCCGGCCCACCAACAGACUUCACCCGUCACGCCGGUAUAUCACAAUGGCGACGGCAUGUACCCGCACUUCUCGCGACAACACUACCAGAUGUUCCAACAACACUUCCACGCGACGCAACACGAGAACAGGGCGUCGCCGUCACCAUACACAAGAUCCCUGGAAGCGGAGGGCUCGGAGGCGCCCGCCCCGCCGCUAGAGCUGCGCCGGCCGCCGUCCGCCCGCGUGCCGCGCCCCGCGCACUCGCCCGCGCCCGCUGACCGACUCAUCAUGUACGGAGUAGUGGGCGGUCGCUCGCCGCCUCCCGCCCACGCGGGCCGCCCGCCCUCCGCGCUGCCGCCCUCCGCCACGCCCGGCCCGCCGCACGCUUCGCAGGUGCCGCGCGAGGCUGACUCGCUGCAGAUGCUGUUGAGGCGCUACCCGGUGAUGUGGCAGGGGCUGCUCGCGCUCAAGAACGACUCGGCGGCGGUGCAGAUGCACUUCGUGGGCGGCAACCCGUGCGUGGCGGGCGACACGCUGCCGCGCCACACGGACGGCUCCACGCCGCCGCUGCGCAUCGCCCAGCGCAUGCGCCUCGAGCCCGCGCAGCUCGACCAGGUGCAUCGCAAGAUGAAGAUGGAGAACGAACACUGCAUUCUGCUGGCGCUGCCGUGCGGGCGCGACCACAUGGACGUGCUGCAGCAGAGCACCAACCUCACGGCCGGCUUCAUCACCUACCUGCAGCGCAAGCAGGCCGCCGGCAUCGUCAACGUGGCGCCGCCCGGACACCACCAGGCGAUGUACACGGUGCACAUCUUCCCGUCGUGCGACUUCGCGAACGAGAACCUGAGCCGCAUCGCGCCCGACCUCAUGCACCGCGUGGCCGACAUCGCGCACCUGCUCAUCGUCAUCGCCACCGUGUGACCGGCGCCGCACGCAUUCACGCAUUGUAUAUAACGCCAGGUUGUGAACAUUUCUACCCUUUUGUUUUACAUUUAUUUUCCCACACUGUCGUACGACCUGGCAGUGUCGAGACUCACACUCUAGUUGAUCUGUCUUAUGAACCGUUGUGGAAUUGAGUACUGGAGCAGUCCCCGGACGCUCCGGGGGGCCCCGCCCCCCGCUAGUUGCUAAGCCGCCGUCACUUAUGUAAGUGCUAGAUAUAAGUCAUAGCUUAUUUGUAAAAUACUUUUGUUAUGGUCGACUGGGAUCGACGUUAUUCGGAGUUUAAAUUUAUAUAUUAUAAAAAUAAAAAAGAUAAUAAAUGAGGACGUUGGUUGAUAUAUUUAAUUUUGGGUUACGAUAUGAUGAGUGGCAAAUCUAUCGAGCAUUUUUUAUUGUUAGUGUAUAUUGUUAUUUUGUUUUAAGUGAGUAGGUCUAACGUAAUUUAAAUUGUGUAAAUACUGAACUAUCGAUACGGACUUUGAUUUAUUCGCUUAGAUCACUAUGGUAGGUAACGGAAAACUAAUAAUUACUGGGUCGAGUGAAUUUUUUGUAAGAUUAAACAUAAAAGUAAUUUAAUGUAAAGUAUAAAACAGAAAAAUACACAUGGAAAAUAAUCUGUGAUUCUGACUUUUAGACUUUAUGGUAGUGAUAUAGUGCAUAUCGCGCGCGCGAGGAGGCCCAGCGGCCUCCAGUAUGUAAACAACAAGCAAUGUUUUACUAGUUAGAUGUCGAUGAAAAAACGUUUUAUUGUUCGCUAAAUAUACAAUUAGGGAUGUUCUGUAUCGGACUACAACUGUGCACUACGGGAUGGUACUGCUUGAAUGUCCACUAUCUGUGAACUAUGCGUGCAUAAAUUUCAAACAUGAAUCAUGUAAAUAUAUUAUAAGUGCGCGAUGUAUGGAGUUAUACAUGCAUAUGAUUUAUCCUCGAUUAUCUUACAUUUAUUACCCUGUAACAGACGAAAGAUAGUUAAACUUAUAAUGAAUGAAGCGAUAAACUUGUAAGAUCUGUUACGGGGUAGUAAAUGUGUUGGCGCGGCUGCUAGCAGGCGGCGGCGGCGGCGCCUCGCGUGGACAUCGCCACUACCAUCCCGCACCGCCGCGAUCUUCACUUAUAAGUUUCAUUUAUUAGGUUAAUCCUGAACGUCUCGGUUCAACUCUUAUUUUCUACCCCGUUUAAAUUCGAUAGGUCAUCACCAUAAAAACAAUAUUGUACUUCUCAUAUGCCGUCACUUUGUCUGCAUAGAGUCCGAUCGCUUUAUUUUUGAUCGUUAAAAUAUUUUCCCUAUCACCAUGUGUUUUAACAAUCAUUUUACCUAGUUAACCUAGUUAGAAUAUUGUGCGACUCGUCGUCGUACGUAAAAUAAAGUACAAAUAUUUUAUGUGUCGUAAUUAUCUAUGUAUACUAUAGAAAAUAAAUAGCAGCACAGGUAUUUAUGUAUAUUCUUUUUAAGAUUUGAUUAAUAUGGUAUAUUGAGAGUAAGUUUCCGUCGCAAGCAGUUCUCGACUUAGAUAGGAGCAACACUAACGAACUCGUCACUUCGUCCAUUAAUACAUACAGAGCCGACAUGUCCUACGAUGUAAAUUCUAUUUAUUCUUACUUGGAUCCCUUCAAAAGGUAUUCAGUGUAAAUAGCUCUUCAUUAAACUAUAGUGGUACUCUAUUUAGGCUUGAUAUUUAAAAUAUUAUAACAUAGAUAACGAAUGAGAAUUAUUACAGAGGUGUUUAUUAUUAUUACGAUACAAUUUGUUAUUAGUAGCUACAGUUUUAUAAUUUGUGUUUAAUGAGAUGUAGUUAGUUGCUUGACGGCGUUAACUUACUACAGUUGUAGUAUAUGAUUUACUUUUUCGGGAGGUUCUGUGAGUGGUGGACUCUGUCUCGCAAACAAUUACAUCCCGAGAGCUAAUCCUGGAAAGGGGUCUCUAAACUUUGAAAUUUAAAUUUGACUUAAUUAUUAUUUCUAUAUACGUAUAUGACAUGCCUAUUUUAGAUUGUUCGCUGCAAAGCUUAGAGAUCCCCCUGUUUGAUGUCAAUUACUAAUAAUUAAUAUUUCGUACAUAUUUCUUUAAUGAUUGUAUUUGAUCCAAUAAUUAAGAGAGAAGUUGUUUCAGUUCGUAUAAUGCAGACCCAUCCAUGUGUACAGCUUAAUCAUUUGAAACAUGAGAAGUAUAAUAUGGUUUUGUUAAUGUUUCAUGGGUGUAGUAGGGCGGGGUGCGGCGAGGGCGGGCGGCGCGCUCGGGGCGGGGCAGCGGGCUGUGUGUGCGAGAUGAUAGAGUUUAUAAUAGAGUAACAAUUUGAUCUCAAGCGAGGGGUGCCCGCUGCCUGCCCGCGACCCGCGCCGCCGCCGCCGCCGACACUCUUCUCAUUGAUUCUUUAAUUAUACAGAGCGUAACGUUAAAAAAAUAUUGUGAUCAUAAUUAUAGUUUAUGCUAGGAUCUAGAGAUAAUUGUAUAUUUUGUACAUAUUGCAAAUAGUAUUGUAUCUUUACUUCCCUUUAUCCAAACAAACCCAGACUCCUGCGUGUUAUGUACCUCCUACCUACCAAUACUAUUAAAAAAAUAUUACAUGAAAAA